GGUUGCUUAUGCUGAUAAUGUGCCUGCACUAUUGGGGAAAGAUCAAUGGAACAUAGUAGAUCCAGGGUUCAAACUCCAUGCUCCUGUCAUUACUAGACCACCAGGAAGACCAAGGAACCAGAGGAUUAGAGCAGGUGAGGAGGGUCGUCUACCAAAGAAGCGUUCUUGCAAAAAAUGUGGAGUUCUGGGGCAUAUUGCUAGGCUUUGUACCAAUGCAGUGGAUGCAUCAUUUGGAGAGGAGGAAAGAUGGACAGCAGCCAAUGCUGAGGAGAAUGCAGCAGCAAGGGAGACUAAAGAUGCAGUGGAGAAUGCAGCAGCAAAUGAAGCAGUGGAGAAUACAGCAGCAAAUGAAGCAUCUUGCUCUAGGGAGAAAAGGCCAAGAGAUGAAGAAGCAGAAGAUUUUGAAACCAUGGCCUUUGAUGGUUUUGAAGUUAUAAGAGAGGAAGAGGAGGGGGUAAUUUUUCCAAUUGUGCCUUUAAAGAUUACUGAACCCAUAGAUGACCGUCAAAUGGUCGUCAAGUGCUCGGCGAGUGGAACUACUCCAUCAGCACC